ACGAGGGCCGGCAUCCUGAGCGCCUGGGCUGGAGCGCACGCGGGGACCCGCUAUCACCUCGGCGUCGCGGGCGGACGGGGCUGGCGUGCUUCUGCUCUGGCCAGGAACCUGGGCACUUGGAGAUGCAAAGAGCCGGGUUCCGAGCUUGGGAGCUGAGCCUCCUUUCCCGGGCAGCUCCCCAGCCUGCUACUCCACACCUGGUCCUCCCUGCCCUCUUACCCCGGGUGCUGAUCGCUUGGUUCCUGUUCCCUGGGUCGCACCGAGGUAUAGCGUGGUGCUAAUAAGUUCAUCUUCCUAACCUCGCUGGGCCUCGGCUUUGACCUUCCUGGACCUCCCUUUCACAUAUGUCAAAUGGUAUUACAGCUGCCUCAGGACCUUGUGUGAGUUGGUGAAGGUCUCAUGGUCUGACAUGGACCCUGUUGCUACCCAUAGCUGCCAUCUCCUCCAGCAGCUACGUGAGCAGCGGAUCCAAGGCCUGCUUUGUGACUGCAUGCUGGUGGUGAGGGGAGUCUGCUUUAAAGCACACAAGAAUGUGCUGGCAGCAUUCAGCCAGUAUUUCAGGAGCCUCUUUCAGAAUUCAUCAAGCCAGAAGAAUGAUGUUUUCCAUCUGGAUGUUAAAAACGUCAGUGGUAUAGGGCAGAUCCUGGACUUUAUGUACACAUCUCACCUAGAUCUUAACCAGGACAAUAUACAAGUAAUGCUGGACACGGCACAGUGUUUGCAAGUCCAGAAUGUUCUGAAUAUGUGUCAUACAUUUCUGAAGUCAGCUUCCACAGGACAACCACCUGGCAUCCCUUGUGGUGGUGUUUUCUCCCUGCAGAGUGCCCUGACCCCAGACACCACCUGUGCAGUGAAUGAGCACUGUUCUCCUCAUUUACAGCCACAGUCAGCCGAGGCCCCUCAGGGUAAAGUUCUGGAUCCAUCACGUCCUCAUGCUCUGUCAUCUGGACUUUCUCAGUCCACAGGGGAAGUGUCGAAACAAGCUCCAGAUGCUGUAGGUGGCCCUGAGCUGCCUUGCAAACAGCCCAAUCACUAUUACAAACUCAGAGCCCUGUACAGUAAGCAGUACUACAAGGAGCUAGUUUGUCCCAGCCACAAGCGUGCUGUGGAGCAGCCACUUGCUUUCAGUGCCUCCACAGACCUCACUGUGGCUGACUCACAGCCUUGUGCUGUCAGCCGGUCCGAAUGUCUACUGGAGUCUUCAGAGCAUUUGCCUUCCACCUUCCUGGUCCCACCUCUGAGUGACUCUGGCCCUGACCCUGAGGCAGACACUCCCUGCCAGCUGCCUGUCAGGCAGAUGAGGCUCAAGAAGGCCAUUCACCUGAAGAAACUAAACUUCCUCAAGUCCCAGAAAUCAGCUGAGUAUGCAUCUCCUUCUAAGUCAGAUGAUGGGUUAGCAAGGAGGGAGGAAUCUGCUGGGGACAAUAUAGGAGAGAGAGCUGGCAGCCAGGGCACUGAAGAAAAAGGAGGUAAAGAACCGAGCUCCAAGGGCUUUCAUGGUAUCAGUGAAACCAAGAUGCCCGAAGCCCCAGCCGCACCUGAGGACCCAUCCCAGACCCUUCAUUCCCAGAGACAUUACGCGUGUGAAUUGUGUGGGAAACCUUUUAAACACCCAAGCAAUCUGGAGCUGCAUAAACGGUCUCAUACAGGUGAGAAACCUUUUGAGUGUAACAUUUGUGGGAAACAUUUCUCUCAGGCAGGUAACCUGCAGACGCAUUUACGCCGCCACUCUGGGGAAAAGCCAUAUAUCUGCGAAAUCUGUGGAAAGAGGUUUGCAGCCUCUGGUGAUGUCCAGCGUCACAUCAUCAUCCACUCAGGAGAAAAGCCACACUUGUGCGACACUUGUGGCCGAGGGUUCAGCAACUUCAGUAAUUUGAAGGAGCACAAGAAGACGCACACAGCUGACAAGGUCUUCACGUGCGAUGAGUGUGGCAAGUCUUUCAACAUGCAGAGGAAGCUGGUGAAGCACCGCAUCCGGCACUCGGGGGAGCGGCCCUACAGCUGCUCCGCCUGCGGGAAGUGCUUUGGGGGUUCAGGUGACCUGCGCAGGCAUGUCCGCACACAUACCGGGGAAAAGCCAUACACCUGUGAGGUAUGUGGCAAGUGCUUCACGCGCUCCGCAGUGCUCCGGCGGCACAAGAAGAUGCAUUGCAGAGCUGACACCAGGAGCCCAGAUGCACAGGAUGAACCAAGCCAGGCCACGGAGCCCUCUGACCUAGACAAGUCCCAAAGCUCUGACUCCCUUUCCCAGGACAUGUCUGUGACUCUGAUGCCAGUGCCAGUCAAGCUUCCUGUACAUCCAGUGGAAAGUUCUGUGGCAGAGUUUGAGAGCCACUCUGCUGGCUCCUACUGUAAGCUGCGCUCCAUGCUCCACCUUCCUGGUAUGAGUGACCAGGAGAGACUGAGCAUGGGUUCUGCCAAACUGGCCAAGCCGCAGGAGCCACAGAGCCAGCCCCCAGCCUAUGCUUACACAGACACCUCAGGGGGCGGCGAGCCACUGCAUGCUGAUGGCACAGGCAUGAUCCGCUCCUCCUUGGCCACUCUAGAUAAUCACUGCCCUGACUCGCUGGGUAGCAGGGCGCCUCCUGUAGCUUACAGGAGUUCUGAGGGGCAGUUUUUCUCCAGUAUGACUCUCUGGGGGCUAGCAAUGAAGACACUACAGAAUGAAAAUGAAUUGGACCAGUGAUGUGCGCUGUGGUCUUCCCAGUGUGGCCAACUGGUCUCAGGCCACAGGAGAACCAUUCUGUCCAAGCAUGUUCCCUCCAAGCCCUGGGAACUUGUACAUCUUUCCCUCCUGAUGGCUGGACUGCAGCACCAUGAGCUUGGGAGUCAGCAGAAGGGCUGUGCCCCCAGAAAGGUGGACUCAACAUGCAAGGUUCACUGCACAGUAGCCAAGGGGGUGGGAAACAGCUGGUGGAUAUAGUCAGUGGGAGACUGUGUACACCCUAUGUCAAUUACUGGAUAUUUUGGUCACAGUAAAUGAAUUGUAUGUGUAUAAUAAUAGAAAUAUUAUU